UUAGUUUUAAGUCAACACGUUUGUUACCCAGCCGCUGUUCGUGUAUUUUAGUGAGUUUGUUUGUUGUAAUCAAGGUAGCUAGGUAGCGAUGCUAACCGGGAGAAUGGGCAGAGAGGCGGUCUGAGCCACUCUGUUAUUAGAGGGAGACAAAACUUUAUAGUUAUUUUAUUUAAGCAAAGCCACCCACCAAAAAAACUCGAAUCCCUAAAUUAAAUAUAAAUGAACUUAUAUUCCCUUUCGUAACGUAUUUAUCGACGAACUGCCGUUAUCUUUUCAAUAUAAUGUUUGAACCCCCCCCCCAUCGUUCAGUUAAGUUGGUUGCGUCUGUUGCCGCUGUGUAUUGCUCUCCUUCCUGAAAGACACUUGCGUUGGAGCAGCUGAAGUCGCCGAGGCAUUAAAGGCACAAUCCCAAGAUUCCUGAAGAUCUCGUCAGUCACUCCCACAUGGCAGUGAAUCACGCAUAUGAAAAUUAAACCAAGUAUACUCCACACCAGAGAAUUGCCCUCUUAGAUGCGGCUCAGUCUCCAUAUUUGCAAAUGGCUUGCUGUCUGAAGGACGAGCUCCUCUGUUCCAUCUGCCUCAGCAUCUACCAGGACCCCGUCAGCUUUGGCUGUGAGCACUACUUCUGCAGAAAGUGUAUUACCGAGCACUGGAGCAGGCAGGAGCCUCACGGAACACGGGACUGUCCUGAGUGCCGGAGGACCUUUGCAGAUCCCCUCCUCUCGCCGAGUCUCAAGUUGUCCAACAUUGUGGAGCGCUACUCGGCCUUCCCUCUGGACGCCAUCCUCAACGCCCAGAGGAGCUCCUACCCCUGCAAGGACCACGAGAAGGUGAAGCUCUUCUGCCUCACCGACAAAAGUCUGGUGUGCUUCUUCUGCGACGAGCCGGCACUACACGAGCAGCACCAAGUAACCACUAUUGACGAGGCCUACGAGGAGAUACAGAGGGAGAUGAAGGAGCAGCUGGCCACCCUGCAGGACAGUGAGAAGGGACACACAGAGGCCCUGCAGCUCCUGCAAAGACAACUUACUGAGACCAAGUCCUCAGCCAAGAGUCUGCGUGCAACCAUCGGCGACGCAUUUGAGCGCCUUCACCGCUUCCUGCGCGAGCGACAGAAGAGCAUGCUGGAAGAGCUGGAGAUGGACACGGCCCGCAAGCUGGCCGACAUCGAGCACAAGAUUCAGCGCUAUAGCCAGCAGUUGCGCGACGUCAAGGAGGGCAUCCAGAUCCUGCAGGAGCGUCUCAACGAGUCAGGAAGACAUGACUUCCUGGAGGGAGUAGCCGUCACAUCUGAGAGGAUUAAAGGGAAGAUACAUGAGACCAAUCUGACGUAUGAAGACUUCCCGACAUCCAAGUACAUGGGGCCCUUGCAGUACACAAUAUGGAAGUUGCUCUUCCAGGAUGUCUCACCAGUGCCAGCAGCGUUGACCCUCGACCCCAUCACAGCCCACCAAAGACUGAUCCUCUCAGACGACUGUACCAUAGUGGCCUAUGGGAAUCUGCACCCGCAGCCCCUGCAAGACUCCCCACGGCGCUUUGACGUAGAGGUGUCUGUUCUGGGCGCAGAGGGCUUUGCGUCGGGCGUCCAUUACUGGGAGGUGAUGGUGUCGGAGAAGACCCAAUGGAUGAUCGGUGUGGCCAACGAGACAGUCAGCCGCAAAGGCAGCAUCCAGAUCCAGCCCAGCCGCGGCUUUUACUGCAUCGUCAUGCACGACGGGAACCAGUACAGUGCCUGCACCGAGCCCUGGACCCGCCUCAACGUCAAGAGCAAGCUGGAGAAGGUGGGGGUGUAUCUGGACUACCCCAAAGGCCUGCUCAUCUUCUACAAUGCAGACGACAUGUCCUGGCUCUACACCUACCGGGAGAAAUUUCCCGCCAAGGUCUUCCCCUACUUCAGCCCGGGCCAGAGCCACGCCAAUGGCAAGAACGUGCAGCCGCUGCGAAUCAACACUGUACGCCUUUAAGAACUACACACAUCUGUGGUUGCGAUUGUCCUGACAGAUGAAUCCAUCAUAGGCGAAUUCACAGGACUUGUGUAGGUUUCAAACGAUGUUCAAGAAAUCCGUUUAAAAGAUGUUUAAUAGGGUGUUUGAAAUGUUUAUUUCUUUCAGUUCAGUUAAGAAUUGUGCUUGAUGUUGCUCUUAAAACUGCUGUUUGUUUGUGACUUGAAAUGACCAUACGACAAUGGCCUGCGAGCCUCAUUCCACAUCUUUAAUCGAAAAGAUGAUGCUGAAUGGAGACGGAAGGACCCCUGGGCUCCUCCGAGGUCUGUGGCAGCAAAAAAAAAAAAAAAGAAGUGAUUUCCCCGUCUUAAAGUGACUGUCCCAGGCCCACCUUGCACACUCCCAGGGGGCACCGCUCUCCUUAUCAAACCCCAGGCCUGUCAGACUUGACGUCCCUUCUCUGUCCAGGCAAGCGGACUCUGAAGACUGGUCACUUGUCUUCUCUGUGCUGUACAGUUGGCUUAGCUUCGUGUGUGGAAUGUGAUUGACAGCACUCGGCUCCCUUUUUUUGGGACUUUUGUUUGGCCACAGUCCACCCUGAACUUGUCAAGUCCAUUUUACUUCUGUCUGAGACUGUGAUCUCGGUUUCUGCUGCAGGUCACACCCACAUGUGUCUGUUCAGUCAUUGCAAGGAAAGCUCUUGUUCUGUGUGUACCAGCGAUUAUCCAUGUCACCUAAAACAAAGGAAAUUUAUUAAAAGUCGUUUAUAAGCUGCCCAGUCAUGUCGUAGGGAAGUCUGUUUAGAGGUUGUCCAGAAAUAUGCUGCUAUUGAUGGAGUAAGAAUUUGCAUGUUUGUAUAUAGAGUAUCAAGGGUUAAAAGGAAUACGUCUCAUCAUGCUGGCUCAUGUUUAGGUCUUUCCCCUUCCAAAUACACUACACCCAUGGGGUUUUUGUCCAAUACAGUGUUGAAUUCAAGUACAUUUCUGCUUCCAAUCAUGAUGUUUGAUCAUUUUGUCUAAAAAAUCAAAAGCCAAUUUAAUCAUUUGGUCUGAGUAGAACUCGAUUUGUAAAAGCAUGACUUCUCAGAUGUGAAAAUCUGACAGGUUAAAGAUGAAUUAUUGCUUAAAAAUGCUAAAGACACCAACAGUUUUCUCUUAUUUUAAUCAUGUCAUUUACCCAGAAGAAGUUAAGCUGUAUGUUUUGGGGAAUGGCCAUUAUCAUGGAAAAUGGUGAUGUGUGGUAGGACUUUAGCACUAAUAUACUAUUGCUGUGCGGCAGGCAUUCCCAAGGCUGCUGCUGUGUUACAUAAUGACAGAAUCACUGAUAAUUCUUCUGAAGUUCGCCCAUGUUUAUUUCUUCACCCCACAUGCCUCAAGUGCUCUCGUUUAUCAGUAACAAGUCCUGCAAAAUCGGCUCCGGUCGCUCAGCCAAGUCGAGCAUAUUGAGAGAUGUGUGUGUCUGUUGGUGGGUGGGCAUGUGCACGGGGUAGGUUUAUGUGGACUGGUUCAGCUAUAAUUUGAUAUCCAGCUUUGGUUGUGCUUGAUGAAGCCAUACCCAUGCAGUGGCCAAAAGUGAGUAUGACCAAAUACCUUCAGGUAGAUCUGGUAAGUCCAGCAAAAAGGAAAUCACAUCACCCUUCAUUUGCCACUGUACAUCUUUCUACAUCUGCAUUUGUGUGUGUGUUGUCUGUGGUGUUCAUUUAAAGGAAAAUCAGGGCAGUGCCCUUGUUUUUGUAGGAUGUGAUUCUGGUAUUUGCAGUAUGACGCAAACAAGGGUCAAAUCGUGAGUAUCUGCUAAUAAUUCUUGGUCUUUGUUUAAACUUGAGCAGAUCCGCAGGAGCCUGUUUCAAGAAGCAGGUCCACGGAGUUGUCUGAAUAACGUUAAUAAUUAGGUUUAGACAGUCAAGACAGUAUUUGGUCUUUUUACUUUUCUCCGAUUGUUCUUGAGAAGUAAAUCCCAACCAGCAGAUGCUUCAUGCAGGUUAAAAAAAAAUGCUUAAAUUUGACCCCAGUUUGCCGUGUUGCACAUUUCAAAGUGUUCUGCUUGAUUAAAGACUUUAUGUUGAAUGAAUGAAUAUUAAGAAGGAGAUUAUUGUGACGUGGUGUUGGGUUUCUGGUGGUGGUGGUGACGCUAAUGGUUAAAAUGAUUUAAGUUGAUAACUAUGACACUUUUAAUGAUUAUAAUGAUGAUUGUGUGUGUCUUUUGAUGAUGGCAGCUGUGCACCCAUCAUUGUGUGAACACACUCUAGUGUGCUUUUGCUGCUGGAGGUUUGUGGAAAAUGUUUUAAUGUACAAUAAAUUACUGCUGAAAUCA